GACGUAUUUCAAACAGAGCAGCCAACACCGACGUAGCAACGGAAUUUUGAUGAUUGCUUCAAUUUUGGCAUUCUUCUCGUUGUUCUCGACAGCAAUGGCAGCAAACAAGGAACGUACUUUUAUCAUGGUCAAGCCCGAUGCGGUCCAGCGUGGACUUGUCGGCAAGAUCAUCGAGCGUUUCGAACAGAAGGGCUUCAAGUUGGUCGCCAUGAAAUUCAUGUGGGCUUCCAAGGACUUGUUGGAGAAGCACUACUCUGACUUGUCUGCUCGUCCAUUCUUCCCCGGUUUGGUCAAUUACAUGAGCUCCGGCCCAGUAGUUCCAAUGGUGUGGGAAGGCUUGAACGUCGUCAAAACCGGUCGCCAGAUGUUGGGUGCCACCAACCCUGCUGACUCUCUGCCAGGUACCAUCCGUGGUGAUUUCUGCAUCCAAGUCGGACGUAAUAUCCUCCACGGUUCAGAUGCUGUUGAAUCGGCUAACAAGGAAAUUGCUCUGUGGUUCAAUGAGAAAGAAUUGGUCUCAUGGACUCCAGCUACCGAGAACUGGGUCUACGAAUAAGAAGCUGCUUUACCUACCGGUUAGGAGAAUUCGUCGUACUCUGUUUUUUUUAGUAUUACACAAAUAUCUAAAUCGUCAAGCAUUUCCAACUUUUUAAGGUAAAAAUGAGAAAACGUCAAAUAAAAAAGGUUAACCGAA